AUGAUUGUACUUAGUGAAGAAACGUACAGGGGUGGUGUUAAAAUUAAUGAGAAGAGAAAAGAGAAUGGCAUUAGAGAGCUAGAUAUGCAUGUGAUUGAAUUGGCACAUGAUGACCAGCAUUCGUCAGAGGAAGACGCCAAAUUAAGUUCCAGUAAUCAAAGAAUGCGACUAUUGGGAACUAUGCUGAAACCUCCAAAGCCUAAUUCAAAUAUCCCAGUUACUCCGUAUGUGAUUGGAUUGGCAGGAGGUAUUGCGAGUGGAAAAAGUAAUAUUACAGAAAAGCUUAAGUUAAAAGGUGCUGCCAUUGUAAACUGUGAUUUAAUAGCACAUGAGUUAUACAAGCCGGGGUUGCCAUUAAACAGAACACUUGCCGAAACUUUUGGUAAUGAUAUUAUAACAGCGACAGGCGACAUAGAUAGGAAGAAGUUGGGAGAGAUUGUUUUUAGUGAUAUGGAAAAACUAAAGAAAUUGAACCAAACAGUAUGGCCGUUUAUUAUUGAAGAGGCUCAAAACAGAAUCAAAGUACUAGGAGAGCAGGGAUAUAAAGUAGUUGUUAUGGAAGCUGCAGUUAUGAUACAAGCGAAAUGGUUCCAGUACUGCCAUCAACUAUGGGCCGUUAUUGUACCACCGAAAGAGGCGAUUCGUAGACUUCAAGAAAGGAAUAAUUUGUCCGAAGAGGAGGCAAAGAAACGGGUUGCAGCACAACCAACAAACUAUGAACAAGUGUCCCAAGCAAAUGUUGUGUUCAGUCCGUACUGGAGUUAUGAAUUCACGCAGCAACAGAUCGAUAGAGCGUGGGGCGAAUUGCAGAAAUAUCUGUGA